CGCUUAAACAAGCUCCCCACCAAUUUGACCAAACACGCCUUGCCUCCCAUCGUCACGAUCCAGGUUGUGGUGUCGUCAUUCCUACAAGUUUCCGCGUGUUAUUAUAAAAACCCUUUGCCGCGUCGCAAAACUCAAGCCCUCCAAGCCAGCUUAGAUACCCCUCCAUUACCCCUCCUCACAACAUCCAUUCAACAACAUCACCAUAUAUCAUCUACUUCCCUAACAGACACAUUCACCAUGGCUUCCAACGCUACCGUUCACGUCAAGAACAUUGCCGUCGCGACCAGCGACAGCGAGAUCAAGGACUUUUUCAGCUUCUGCGGCAAGAUCGCUGAUCUCAAGGUCACCACCGAGGGCGAGACCAAGUCGGCCGACGUCACUUUUGAGAAGGAGACGGCCAAGAAGACUGCUCUUCUCCUCCACAACACCCAGCUCGGCCCCAACCACCUCGAGGUCACCAGCGCCGGUGAGGAUGUCGACGAUGAUGCCGCUCACCCCACCAAGAACGCCGACCGCGACUCCGACGAGAUCACUCAGGAGGAGAAGCCCCGCGCCCGCAUCCUGGCCGAGUACCUUGCCCACGGCUACGUGAUCGGAGAUGCCGCCAUCCAGCGCGGAAUCGAGCUUGACACCAAGCACAACGUCUCGAACCGCUUCCUCACCACCCUCCAGAACCUCGACACCAAGUACCACGCCACCGACCGGGCCAAGGCCACCGACCAGAGCUACGGCAUCACCCAGCGCGCCAACACCCUAUGGCUCGGCCUCAGCUCGUACUUUGAGAAGGCUUCCCACACCCCCACCGGCAAGAAAAUCGCCCAGUUCUACACGGAUAGCAGCCGACAAGUUCAGGAGGUCCACGCCGAGGCUCGACGUCUGGCUGACCUGAAGACGGAGGAGGCUGGUGGCAGCGCCUAUAAGGCCGCGGGACUCGAGAAGGUGUUUGGCAAAGAGAAGACCUCUGGUACCACUGCUCCCGAGUCGGGUCCUGGUGACUCUACCGGCACUUCCACCCAGCCUGCUCCUACGGAGAACAUCCCCAGCGUCAGCGCUCCCGAGGGUGGUGAGAAGCACUAA